CUCACCACCCAUCCCGCUCGCCUCCGCCUUGCCCCUCAUCUUGUUCCCAGCACAUCCUCUCGCCUCGCUCCAUCAUCGUUGACAUGGAUUUGAAAACUGAAAAGGGCCUUCCUUUGCCUCCCGUCGAGGUCACCGAAGCGCCUCCGAGCUACACCGCCAGCACGUCCGGCGAGUCCUAUUCUGCCUCGCCCUCAGCCCCCAGCAGCGUCGUUGCUGCUGAGCCCCUUGCGCCUGCAUCGGUGGAUCUCAAGUCCACCGUCCCGAGUGCGGACGCCGCCGCCUCCCAUCCGCACAACGACUCCCACAAAUCCCAAGAAAACCGUCUCGGCGGUGUGGCUAUUCUUGGUGGAACCACCAUGGACCUGACCCAAACUCUGUUCGUCCGCGGAGAGCCCGUUGUCGUCAGUGCCGUCUCGCUCCUGGGCAGCAUCGACAUCACCGUCCCUUCCAAUGUUGAGGUGGUCCAGCAGGGCAUCUCCAUUCUUGGCGACUUCACGACCAAACGCAAUCCUGCCAACACAGGCGACAUUGUUGCGACAAUCCGGAUCGUUGGCGUUGCCAUCUUGGGCUCUGUCACCAUCAAGUUUUCGGACCAGCCUGCUCGCUUCAAGUGAAUGCAGCCCUUGUCUUUCUCUCCACCGACUGAUGCCCUGGCUUGCUCGUGUAUUCGCCGCUGCCUCCGUCCUUCCGCUGUUUUGGACCUCAAGCUGCACUCUGAUGCGCUCUGCUGUGCCAUGCCCAUCAGCCCCGCUAUAUAUCCAGCCCAUCCACACCUCACUGACUCUGUGCCUGUAUGUGCGUAUUUGAAUCUACCUUUGAGCUGCAUUCUGACCGCACAGCGCCUCCAGACCAAACCAGAUAAUCAGCCCCCAGGAGCAACUGCGAUCCGUCAGAGGCCGAGGCUUGAAACAGCGCUGCCAUGAUGCAGUUCACCCAUCAUGAAGUCAAGUGAAAUGCCCAGUGCCUUUGAUCAGCGAGACAGCAUUGAUCCUCGGCCUUGCGCAUAUCCACCUCGUCCGUCCCAUGUCUGUCAGCAUACUUUUGGCCGAGAUCCCAUUUCUGUCGCAGGGCGGGCGAUUUGCAUCCUCACCUUGGCGGUCAUUUG